AUGGUUUCGGUGAAGUCUGAGAUAAGCGCGAUAGUUGGUAUCAAAGAUCCCUCAGUUUCUGAGUUCCUUUACGAUAUUUGCUCUAAGAGCUUGAGUAUCGAAGACUUCUCACGAAAGAUUCAAGACCUUGAUGUUGGCAUACCGGCAGAGAAAUGCACGAAAGUUUACCAGCUAGUUAAGAAUUCGGUGAACAAAACCGGGAAUAACGCUCAAAAAAAGGUCGCCGAAAUUUUGGAAAAAAGCGUUGGCGUCAGUGAUCCAAUAGUGGUAGAUUUCGUUGUUGACAUAUGUUCCAAGUGUCCUACAUACCACGAGUUUGAAUCCCGACUUGAAGAGAUGGAUAGCGGUCUUCAGAAAGAAGUAUUAAUACCUAUUUUUACUGCCUUGAAGGGCCAUGGUUUCAAACAUGAAACAUUCGAUGUGCUUUCUAUGCCAGACGAGAAGAUCGCUUGGGAACCAACCGCUAAGGACGAUAUCAGCCGCACUAAGAGAGGUUCUUUUGAUGAAGCUAAUUUGGAUGCUUCCCCCGCAAUAGAUAAGAUAUAUCCAGGUGUGGUUAGAAAGCUCGUGGGAUUCGGCUGCUUUGUGCGCAUUUCGGGCACGAAGGAUCCUCGUUGCGAUGGCUUGGUACAUAUUUCCGAAAUGGCAGACCGAAGGAUCAAUGAUCCUUCAGAGGUGGUAUCGUUGGGUCAGCGCGUUUUCGUCAAAGUAAUAAAAGUACAAAAAAAUGGGAAAAUCUCACUGCGAUUGAAGAACAUCAAUCAGAACACUGGCAUCGAACAAAAUACAGAUAUUGAGCAGUACCAGCGCCGCGGGAGAGGUGCUGAGAAAAAGGCAACCAUUACUACUAAAAGAAAAUUAACGUCCCCAGAAAGGUGGGAAAUUCGUCAGUUAAUAGCUAGUGGAGCAGCCUCUACAGAUGACUAUCCUGAACUCAACGAAGAAGUUGAGCAAGUUACGGAGAUGUUUGAAAAACCUCGCAAAGUCUCGCCUGAAGAAAUCGAUGUUGAGCUCAACACAGAUGAUGAACCGCAAUUUUUGAAAGGCCAAACAGACGUUACUAAAAAACACGAGAUGCCUACGGUCUCUAAAAUCCCACAGGGCUCACUUACAAGGACUGCUUUAAAGGGCUCAGACGUAAUGAACCAACAUCGAGCGGAGAGGUUGCGAAAAAAGAAGGAGCUUGAGCAAGAGGAUCGCAGGAGGCGCUUAACUGAUGACCCGUCAAUCAAAGAUCAAACGGAAUACAACAAUAAACAAAGGUCUCUCACUGCAUGGGAAAGAAGCAGGACAAGAGAGAAUAUUGAAUACGGAAAAAGAACGAGCUUGCCAAUAAAAGCUCAAAGGGAGACUCUCCCUGUCUUCAAGCUGAAAAGGCAGCUCAUCGAAGCGGUCAAAGAAAAUCAAUUCCUUGUCAUUAUUGGUGAAACAGGUUCAGGAAAGACAACUCAAAUCACUCAGUACUUAGACGAGGAGGGAUUUAGUAAAAACGGCUUAAUUGGGUGCACACAGCCCAGAAGAGUUGCAGCAGUUUCGGUUGCUAAGCGUGUUGCAGAAGAAAUUGGAUGCAGAGUUGGUGAAGAUGUGGGCUACACGAUUAGAUUUGAAGAUGAGACCAGUCCAAAAACUAGGAUUAAAUACAUGACGGAUGGUAUGCUUCAAAGAGAAGCAUUGAUGGACCCUGAGAUGAAAAACUACUCUGUGAUAUUGUUAGAUGAAGCCCACGAAAGAACAGUGGCAACUGAUGUUCUUUUUGCGCUACUCAAAAAGGCUGCUUUACGCAGGCCAGAUCUGAGGGUGAUUGUGACAUCAGCAACUUUAGAUGCUGAAAAGUUUUCAAGCUACUUUUUACAAUGUCCUAUUGUCAAAAUUCCAGGGAAGACUUUUCCAGUAGAGGUGCUAUAUUCCCAAACUCCACAGAUGGACUACAUCGAAAGUGCGCUGGAUACAGUCAUGGAGAUCCAUAUCAAUGAAGGGCGUGGCGAUAUUUUAGUCUUUCUCACUGGCCAGGAAGAGAUCGACACUUGCUGUGAAAUUCUUUAUGAGCGAGUUAAAACUUUGGGCGACGCCAUACAGAGGCUCUUGAUCCUUCCAGUGUAUUCGGCUUUGCCUAGCGAAGUACAGUCAAAAAUAUUCGAACCCACGCCAGAAGGAUGUAGAAAAGUCAUCUUUGCCACCAACAUUGCAGAAACUUCAAUUACAAUCGACGGAAUUUACUUCGUGGUUGACCCUGGUUUUGCAAAAAUAAAUACUUACAACCCUCGAAUCGGGAUGGAGCAGUUGAUAGUAUCGCCAAUAUCCCAAGCUCAAGCUAACCAGAGAAAGGGCCGUGCUGGUAGAACUGGAGAGGGGAAGUGCUAUCGGCUCUAUACGGAAUCUGCUUUUCGUCAUGAGAUGAUGCCAAAUACUGUUCCAGAGAUACAAAGGCAAAAUUUGGCCCAUACAAUACUAAUGCUCAAAGCUAUGGGAAUCAACGACUUGUUACAUUUUGAGUUCAUGGAUGCUCCCCCGAGAGCCUCAAUGACUAGUGCUUUGGAAGACCUAUACAAUCUACAGGCCCUUGAUGAUGAGGGUAGACUUACGAAAUCCGGGCGCCUAAUGUCACUUUUUCCAAUGGAACCUGCCUUGUCCAAAGCUUUAAUCGAAUCUUCACAUAAGGGCUGCUCUGAUGAGGUAUCUACAAUUAUAUCAAUGCUUUCGGUUCAAAACGUUUUUUACAGGCCAAAAGACAAACAACAGGAAGCUGACUCAAAGAAGGCAAGGUUUCAUCAUCCAUACGGAGACCACCUAACACUUUUGAACGUAUACAACCGCUGGCGGGAAGACAACUACUCGAAGUCGUUUUGUGUGAAUAACUAUCUUCAUGAGCGUCACCUGAGGCGUGCAAGAGAAGUCAAAACUCAACUUAACAACAUUUUCAAUAAGCUGAAGCUGCCCAUGCGUAGCUGCGGCGGCGACCCUAAUCUUAUCCGCCGUACUCUGGUCUCGGGGUUUUUCAAAAAUGCCGCCAAGAGAGACUCUGAAGCAGGAUACAAGACUGUUACAGAUGGUACCUCUGUAAGCGUGCAUCCCUCAAGCGCACUCUUCGGAAAGGGAUACGAUUAUGUUAUUUACCAUAGUCUUGUUUUGACGUCGAAAGAAUACAUGUCGCACGUCACCUCAAUAGAGCCUCAUUGGCUGGUUGAGAGUGCCCCUCAUUUUUAUAAAGUCAUUGGAGCAGAGAGCGAGUCAAGGAAAAGAGCAAAAAUAGCUCCUCUCUACAACAAGUUCUCGCAAAGUCAAGAUUCCUGGAGGCUAAGCUCGAUGCGUCAAACUAAGGAGAAAGCUUUGGGGAUUAGAAGAUGA